CGGCAGAUCGCUGACAAUAAUGUGAGAAACGUGUAUCGUUUUACGCCCACACGCCUAUCGAAUGCUGAUAAGAAUAAAACGGAUUUCUCGGUCCAUUAACGCACGUGCCGCACGCAGCAACGAUGAGUAUUUUGAAAAAAAGAUUAAACGAGUUUGAUGACGUCCUGAACGCUGAAGAAAUAGAUCUUGUUAGUCUGAAACGAUUAUGCUUCCAUGGAAUACCAGAUGAAGGAGGGCUCAGACCAUUAUGCUGGAAACUAUUGUUAAAUUAUUUACCUCCUACAAGAGCUAGUUGGUCUGAAAUACUUACACGCAAGAGAAUACUCUAUAAAACAUUUAUCAAGGAUCUAAUUGUUAUGCCAGGUGAAAUGAACAUGGAUGGUGAAAGAGUAGAUGUCACUCUCGAUGAUCAUCCAUUAAAUUUAAACCCUGAUAGCAAGUGGCAAACUUAUUUCAAAGACAACGAAGUUCUUCUACAGAUAGACAAAGAUGUUAGGAGGCUCUGUCCGGAUAUAUCUUUCUUUCAACAAGGUACAGAUUAUCCCUGUAUGGAUAUUGUGAAUGCCAGUGGUCAGAAACGUUUACAUCACAGAGUGCAGCACACAGUUUUAAGAAGUGCAAAUGUGGAAAGGAAAGGACUUGGCAUCACUAAGAUAGCAGUUUCUGUUAAGAAAGCUGUAGAAGAUUAUGCACCUCUUGCAGAAGGUGGAGAGGCACAUUGGGAAGUCUUGGAAAGAAUACUUUUCCUGUAUGCUAAACUCAAUCCAGGCCAGGGCUAUGUGCAAGGCAUGAACGAAAUUGUUGGACCCAUUUAUCACACGUUUGCUUGCGAUCCUGAUCAAACCUGGAGAGAACACGCAGAGGCGGACACCUUCUUUUGCUUUACCAAUUUGAUGAGCGAAAUUCGUGAUUUUUUUAUAAAAUCACUGGAUGAAGCCGAAUUUGGAAUAAAUUCGAUGAUGAGCAAACUUACAACCCAAGUGAAGACUAAUGAUCCAGAAGUGUGGAUGCGUUUACAUCAACAAGAAUUAUGCCCGCAAUAUUACAGUUUUAGAUGGUUAACGCUUCUCCUGUCUCAAGAAUUUCCACUACCAGACGUUAUGAGAAUUUGGGAUUCUUUAUUUGCUGAUGAGAACAGAUUCAGCUUUUUGAUACACAUUUGCUGUGCCAUGAUUUUAUUACUAAGGGACCAACUGUUUGCUGGUGAUUUUGCUACAAACGUGAAACUUUUACAAAAUUUUCCCUCGAUGGACAUUCAGAUAGUACUUUCUAAAGCGGCAGCAUUGGCAGGAAAAACUUUAAAUUCGCCAUAACGUAUGAUUAUACAUGCAUAAGGAUCUGAAUUUUGCUCUCUAUUUCUUUAUUAAUCAAGAUGGAGCGAGAUUAUUAACCCUUAACAAGAAAAAGCGGGUUUCGGGCUCGUGAAUAUUAUUAUUAUUAUUUUAUAGACAAUUACUACAAAUAAGAAAGUACCAGUGAAAGUAUUUUUUUGUAAAUUAAUAUAUUUUUUACAAAAAUAGUAAUCGAACCAUUAUCAAAUCCAACAAUCGUCACAAUUUUACGUCAAUUUAAACUCUAUUGUCAAUAUUAAGUAAGUUGAUGAUUUUUUUACCUUUUUCUCGUUCAAGUAGAAGUAUGUAGACAACAGCAGACGAGAGAAAAUUUGUAAUAAGCACUGUCGUAGAACGAAGAAGGAACGAUUAUCGCAUGAGUAAGAACUGUUUCUCGUUAGGGGUUAAAACAAGUAUGUUAAUGCUGUGAAUGAUACAGCCAUAUUAAAAAUAUAAAUCUUGUUAUAUUAAAAAAAAAGAAAAGAAUGAAAUAAGAAUGAGUGGUUUCGUAACAAACAAUAUGCGAAAGGGUAGUCCAGUAGUUACUAAAAAUAUAAAACAAUAAAAAAAAUAGCGAAGACGCGCGAGUGCGUGCGUAGUAAUGGCUGAUUCGAUAUACAUUUUGUAACGAUCAAACAGUAAUAGAUUAUUAUCGUUUAUACGCGCAAUAAUCACGUAAUCUGUUUAAGUGAAAUAUAUUUUGUAAUCUUAUUUUUGUAAUGACCUCCGUCGUUCGUUCUAUGUUUAUAAAAUAAAACAACGUUAUAUUUGCAUAAA